CGCCUCUUUGACGUCUCCCCGGUCUAUAGGCAGGGAAGGCUCAGUAAACUAAACGGGGGGUGGAGCUUCACGCUAAAUGAGGAAGUAGCUGAUCAGAACUGCAGCUUUGAGCUUCUGUGUUAGAAACGGCAUCAGACUGAAUGUAGGGAGACAGUUCAUACAUUGAGGAGCCGUAUUUCUUCCGCACUGGCUUUUUCAGCACUUGUCUAAACCAAAAAAAGUAAUUUACUGUAAGUCCUCGAUCAGUGCUUACUAGAUCACCAAUUAAGAUGACACAAGCAGGAACCGGAAGUCACUGGAGCAAAGGUGGUGGAUGCCAGCAACACUGAACCGCCUAUUGAUUUUCACUACGGUAUGCGUUAAGGUCAGCUGGCAAUUAUCAGGACACUCCGAAAAAGAUCUUUGCUGUUGAGUGGUCCACUAUUGUGAGCUUCAUGUCUUGGUUUCCUAUGCUUACUUUCCUGAGUAUGUUUUACUAUAUCUGCGCUCGACGACGGGCACGAUUAGCUAGCAGAGGGGAAAUGAUUAACAGUCGUCGAGCUAUUGAGUCAAACAGCCGAGCUUUGCCGAUGUCGACUAAAGCUGUGCAGUACGCCAAAGAGGUGCUGGAUUUCAGCUCCCACUAUGGGAGUGAAAACAGCAUGUCGUAUACCAUGUGGAAUUUAGCGGGUACCCCUAAUGUGUAUCCAAGUUCAGGGGAUUUUACCCAGACUGCUGUUUUUAAAAAUUAUGGGAACUGGUGGAAUCAUUGCCCCAGCACUCCAGCGCCAUUUAAAAGAACCUCAACGAACUUCUUCAGUCAGGAUUAUGUGGAGCUUGCUUUUGAAGAACCUGUUUAUCCCACAGCAGUUCACAUCCUGGAAACCUACCAUCCAGGGUCAGUGGUGAAGAUACUUGCAUGUUCCGCAAACCCAUACUCACAAAGUGCCCCUGCAGAAAUUAGAUGGGAAACUCUUUGGUCUGGAGAACCUACACGGGUCAUUUCUCCUCAGUCCCGCCAAUUCACGCCUUGCUUAAAAGAGAUCAGCUUCCCAACAAAUCUCCUUCGCCUAGAAACCAACAGUUCCCUUUUGGAUUAUUAUACCGAGCUGGAUGCAGUGGAACUACAUGGGGUGAAAGAAAAGCCAGUGCUCUCCUUGAAAAUUUCCGCCAUUGACAUGAGUGAUCUGGACGAUGACUAUGAUGAUAAAGACAGCUGUGAAUUGGAUAGCCUUACAAAUCAGCUGAGUAACUUUGCCAUCAGGGAAUGGACUAAUAAUGGCUAUUUUGAUAAACUGCCUUAUGAGCUUAUUCAAUUUAUCAUAAGCCACCUAGCACUUCCAGACCUUUGUCGCCUAGCGCAAGCCUGCAAGCUCAUGUAUCAGCAUUGCUGUGAUCCUUUGCAGUACACUCAUCUAAGUUUACAGCCUUACUGGACAAAUGUGAAUGACAGCUCGCUGGAGUACUUGCUUCCACGCUGCAACCUUGUUCAGCGGCUUAACCUAUCCUGGACUGGAAACAGGGGAUUUAUCUCUACCUCAGGAUUCACCAGACUCUUAAAAGUGUGUGGUAGUGAACUAGUCCGACUAGAAUUGGCCUGCAGUCACUUCUUAAACGAAGCCUGUCUAGAGGCCAUUGCGGAAAUGUGUCCAAACCUUCAGGAAUUAAAUCUCUCCUCUUGUGAUAAACUGCCACCUCAGGCUUUCGGCCAUAUUAGUAAACUCAGUGGAUUAAAACGCCUUGUUCUAUAUCGGACAAAAAUAGAGCAAACAGCUCUACUUAGCAUUCUGAGCUUCUGCCCACAACUUCAGCAUCUGAAUCUGGGCAGCUGUGUUCUAAUUGAAGACUAUGACCUUAUAGCUAGUGUUUUGGGAGCCAAGUGCAAAAAACUUCGCUCUUUAGAAUUAUGGAGAUGUAAAAACAUUACUGAAAGGGGAAUAGUGGAAUUGGCGUCUGGAUGUGUUCUUCUGGAAGAGCUUGACCUUGGAUGGUGCCCUACUCUACAGAGCAGCACUGGCUGUUUCGUACAUGUCGCCAGUAAACUUCCAAAACUUCGAAAGCUUUUUCUCACAGCCAACAGGUCUGUAUGUGACUCGGACAUUGAAGAAUUGGCCAGGAACUGCCAGCAUCUUCAACAGCUAGAUAUUUUAGGUACCAGAAUGGUAAGCCCAACAGCCUUGCGCAAAUUAUUGGAGUGUUGCAAAGAGCUGGUAUUGCUGGAUGUUUCCUUCUGCUCACAAAUCGACAGUCGAGUUGUGCAGGAAUUAGCCAGUAGAUUCCCGAGCGUAUGCAUCAAGAAGAGUUUCACCCAGUGAAUCAAAAAACUUUCUUGGACUUGACCAGAGCCUUGUUCUCACCUUUUUUGCCUCACCGACGUUUGGGAAACAUGCACUCCUUGCAAAAGGAAACGACUACCCAACAACGUAGUUCUUCCGUCUGUGAUUAUGUGCUCAGUGAAUGUAUAGCCUAAAGAUAUUUUCAUUUUGUGAAGACAAAUGUCAGGCACAUGAUAGGUUAAGAUUAGUAACAUGCUUUUUUGCAGCUUUUUUUUACUUAUUUAUUAUUGCACAGUUGGAAAUAUGUACUCGGAGGUUCUUAAACGAUGUAGCUGGCUAUCCUAGGGAGUCCUCGUGGGUUUUUAUAGGGGGCCUUAGGCUGCUGCUGAGAUUCAGGAAGAAAGACUAUUUUAUGCCAUGUUGGGGAUAAGAAUUCGGAUGAGGCUCUUUUUCAGCUUUCGAUCCCCCUGGCAUUGCAGCAGUGUGACUGUAAUAAUUAUAAUUUAGAUACAGGUGUGGGAUCUGUUAUCUGCAAACCCAUUAUCUAGAAUGCUCCAAAUUACGGAAUAGACUCCAUUUUAUCCAAAUUCUUAAAAAGGAUUACCUUUUUCUC